UUUCAGAAGCUCGCUAACCGUUACAGUUUGUCAUCGGUGGCACGGGUAAAUGCAUUUCUUUACAUCCAUAUAGUUUCCUCACGUUGUAUUUCUGGAGGUUUUCCUCAUCCGGAAAGUGUAUUUGUUUCCGAAGAAGCUUUAGAUUGGGCCCCACAGGAUGCACUCGAGCAGAUCCGAGUCCGGUCACAGAUGGCAGAACUCUGAGCGAAGUUCUCGGCAGUGGGACGACCCCAACGAAAGAAGAGAGAAGUGGCCUGAAUCUCAUUGGGAUUCCCAUCACAAACAUCACAGGGAUGAACACAGCAGCUCUGAGAGGACCGGCAGAAACGUGGAGGCCAGCGACUCGCCGCAGAGACGCUACAGCAGAGACUCUCUGAGCAGAGACUGGGGCAGAGGGAGCCCUGUGAGGAGACGCGUCUCCUCACCUGUCUGGGAUGGCUAUGAAACAAAGAGGCGGAGGUACACGGCCGAGUAUACCGACCACGAAUACAGGCAGAGACACGAGUCUCCCCGCAGGCUGUCAGCAGAUUUUUCAAACAAUCAAAAAGGUACUGACUAUAAAUAUGCAGCAUCGCCGGAUGAUGAUGAGGAUGACUUCAGGUACAGGAGAUCCCCUCCUGAUUCCUGGCACCGGCAUCCACAGGACGCCUACAGAAAGAGAUCGGACGAUUUAAGCGACAGGAGCUUUCCCGGUUCGUACAAAGACAGAGAUGAUCAGAAACGGAGGCAGAAUUCUUCUCAGGAGAGGAGAUGGUCUCCAGAUCGCCCCACAAAGAUGCACUUCAAGGAUAAAGAGCAUAAGGACAGCCCCCCCACAGCAGAAUGCAGACAACACAGUGCAGGAGUUUCCAUCAACAGAUCCGGCGGGCAGGCUCUGACAACCGACGACGCCACAAAGAGCAACGAGGCCAAGUCCUCCACGGGCUUCCAGCGCUUUCUGGAAGUUCUCAACCAGGGCGUGAAUGUGGACGACCUCACCAAGAUCGUGACUCAAGUUUCGGAUCAGCGUGCGUCUCCCAACCCUUUUGGGAAAACCGUGGAUCGUGCUGGAAAGCAACAGAACCAGGAACCAAGAGGUUGGGGGGAGAGAUCUCACGCGCUCGCUCCCGCUAAGCCUCAGCAGAGGUCGCUCAGUCCAGAGCGGAGCUCCGACGCGGAAAAGUGUCUUCCGAGGACCGACGGCAGAGACGCGUCCAAGCCUCCCGUGGCGGAGAGGGUUCUAACGCCCGAGGAGGAGCAGAAGCGGAGGCAAAUGCAGGGCGUUCUCCAAGCUAUCGGUCUAGAUCUGGGGUUUGAAGAACUCGGCCAAAUGUCCAGCCGGAUCCAGGAGCGUCUCUACGGGAAGAAGGACGAAGAUGGCGGCCAGGGCGCCAGUCAGGAGAGGAGCUCGAGACAAGCGUUUGCUUCAAAACGCCGAAGUAGAUCGUGGUCUUCCAGCCGGUCCAGUUUUAGCCCGCUGACCCGCAGCCCGGACACGAAGAAAGACUCGUUAAGUUCUCAGAGGGACGAAGCGCAUCAGCCCCCUCCCAAGCAGAAUGCCGACUAUGGCGAGUACAGAUACGAGGACAGCAGGUCCAACUGUCACGGAAGUCCGGCUUCGCUGCACCUCUCUUUUCCGAAUUCCUCGUAUGCUGCGACUCAGCCGCCCCCAGCGCUCCCUAUCCCCACGUACCCGCCCAAGAACUGGUCAGAGUUUUUGUACCCGCCCCCUUCCCCUGCCCUGCCCCCAAGCUUGGCUCCUGUCAGACCGGGUUUUUUCCUGCCUCCUUUUUCUGGCGUUCCCGCCGGUCUUCCUGUGGCCCCCCCAAGCAUCUACCCCCCUGCACACCAUCCAGCUGGACACUUUUUCCCGCCACUCGUGAACUCGCCGCGUUUCCCGCCGUCAGCCGUAAACACGGUCCAAACCCUGAACCAUUUCCCAAACACUAAAGCCAAGCCGCAGGCGCGGCCGCGCUGCCUGCAGGUGAUUAAGUGAGCGGUUGAACGGGCGGGGGUCAGGUGACCCGCACCAAUCCCCUUUUCCUGCACUUUUGGUUGAUUUCUUAGAAAAAAGUUUAAAAACGGUCCACCAUGUUGUUUCAUGGGAACAUUAUGUAUCUGUUUCAUGUUUGUGAAAUAAAAAAAUUCUCUUCUAUUAACGGAAA